AUGAUGUUUCCUAUGGAGAAAUGUGCGGGUCACAGUGGCACUGCUACUUCGGAAGAGGCUGAGAUGUUCACUGGACCUGUGCCCCCUGGGUUGGGGAAGGAAGGUGUUCACAGCGACGAAGUGGCUUCAGCGGUAGCUGCAGUCUCCGACGAAAUCGGAGAUAUAUUGAAAGAUGAGUUGGAUGCGGACAGGGCGGAGAGAAUCGGCGCAGAAUUGGCCGAUCUGAGUGCUGAGUUGGGGUUGCUUGCCGGCCUCGCCGACGGUGAUCAGCAGCAGGACUUCCCGUCACUCUUCGAGAUAGCCAUGGGACACCGAGGUAGUGGCAGUGGCUCUUCUUCGUCAUCAUGGUCGGGAGGGCGCGGCGGUCGUCUAGUAUCCCGACCGCAGAGGACUGCACGACGCCGGCCCAUAGCUAAAGGGAAAGAGGUCUCUCGCCGUCGGGCGGCGGCGGCGCGGCGCGCGGCAUCACUCCGCGUCCGUCGGCCGGACGGGUCGGACGCGUCCGACGUCGGCGCCGACUCCGACUCCGACGACCAGUGGACCGAGCUGUCGGAUCAUUCGGGCACAUCGGACACAUCAUCAUCAGGGAAGGAAGUGGACAACGCCGACGACCUGGAGGGAUACCAUCACAAGGCGGAGGCGCCGGCGAUGGGCCAGUUCCUCCUGCCACUGCUGAGCGCCGAACCCAACUCCCCCGACGCUGAGCACUUUCUGAUCCGCCACGAGGAUAUACUGCAGCUUUUAGCAUCUGCGGAAGACAGCGUCCGUGAAGAACUGCCAGUGGAAGACGAGCCACCAGUAGACUCACAGCCAGACAUGCUGUCAGAUAACGACAUGUUUUCUUGUGAAGAGGAAGCACCUAUUACUCCUGAAGAAGAAGCCGCGCUACUGCACUACGUCUGUGAGGGAGAGCGUUCUCCGGAGGAUACCAUAUUCAAGCCCGUGGAGGAAUGGUUGCUGGGCGUUUAUCACUCCUGGUGUGAAAUAUCCGCUUUAAUGUACACGCUGCGAGGGACCAAUAUGAGCGUGGAAAUGAUGAAAUCCGACUGGAUAUAUCGAGCCCGGUUCCCGUGCCACUGUCGGCUGUGCGUGUGUCUGGCGGACAACUCCGGCCCAGUGGCUGCACUCAUACGGGAGAUUCUAUGGGCCUUAGCGCACGGUGGCAGUACAGCAGGCAUGGCCGCCAGUAUAGUUCGUUCUCUACGCCUCCGAGCGGGCUCCACGUUGACGCCGCGCUGCUGGGACGUGGCGCGACUCUAUCGAUUACCCGCCUCGCCUGAAGGAGAGGCGAUAAUCCACGAGCAGUUGUGUCGUUUAUCACAACAGAGCGAACUAACUGCCCAACUGGUGGACAAGAUAUGCCUAUGUCGAGAGUUCCAACGACCCGUCGAAAAGCAGUACGCAGUAGAGAGAUUCUGUAGAAUAUUGGAGAGUUUCAAAACUGCGUCUACGAUCACGUUCAAGGUGGAAAUGGUCCCUUCCCCGUCGUCGGGCGGCACCGGUUUGGGCGGCACGUGCCGCUCGCUGGCGCCGCAGCGGCGGGAUAGUGCCGCGCGCCGCCUGCGCGACAUGCGGCGCCGCACCACGCCCGCUCACCUGAGCGCGUGGGCGGGAUACAAGCACCGAUGCGACUGUAUAACGCCGCGGACAUUGUGUGCGCAGCAACGGAAACAGUUGUUGAGCAUCUCGUUCUUCGGCAUGAUGCAGGCGGUGAACGAGUUCACGGGGGCGAAGCCCGACGAGCGGCCCGGCGACACCGAGCAGCGAGCGCCCUGCGAAGCCCUGGAUAAACCGCCGGAUAGCGCGGAGGGCCAACCGGCGAACGCAGCGGACGAACUGAGCGACUGUCACCAACCGUCCAACGAACAUGACAACGCUGACGAACUGACGGACUCCGAUGCGAACUCUGGCACCGCUUCCCUAGGCCUUUCGACUUCCUCAUCCCUGGACUCUGCGUCAGAACUCCUGCUGGCGGCCGCGGCUGCCGUCGAAUCUGGAGGCUCUGAGGGCGAAGCGCCCGGGGAACUAUGUCGCACUGUCAGACACCUGAUGAAAUCCAUAGCUUCUAUAGAGAGGCUGAUGGAUCGGGUGUUGAAGCACUGCGAUGAGUGGCCCACGCCGCCCAGUAGGAACGACCAUGAAGCCAGGAAAAGGGUGGACAUGGGCUUGUCGGAAGUGGACCGGAAGUUGAUGGCGAUGUACCGAAGGUUGCCCGAAGUCCAUCGUAGACAGCUGCAGGUCUACCGGAAGCAGAAGAAAUUGUCUACCGUUUGCAUGCAGCUAGUGGGCGGCAAAGCGCCCCCGCCCCCCGGCGUGGGAUCCCCGGUGGGGUCGCCGCCCCCCGCGCCCCCAGCGCGGGCCCUCUGCCCCCACUACCACCUGCAGCGGUUCCAGGAGGUUCGACGUAAAGUCAUGCAUAUGAGAGACCAGCAGCUGUACUAUCAUAGACUACGGAUGUGGCUCGAGGAACAACUACGACAGGAGAAGGAAAGCUUACCGGAUAGCAAUGUAACGUUAAUAGAAGACUUGCCACGCCGCAAACGACGAACCGCCAGUCCUAAAGUGCCUCGCCUUACCACCGCAUCUAAACGGAGACUCAAACCCGGAUCCCCACUUAGCAAACCCCACAAGAUACUACAAAUGCUCAGACACAAAGCACCGGCGCAAACUACACAACUCUUAACCGACGCAUUUAAAUCCGAUGAAGAAAAACUAGCAAAAUCCGAAGCCGAGGCACCGGAAGCCUUCCCGUUGGAAAGAGAGGACAAUAUCAGUGAUACGGAAACUAUAGUAGGCGAGAAAGAGAGCGGUGACCUUAGCAAAGAAAUGAAGGAGUGCUUAGCCAAAUUCGCGACUUUUGCUCUUAACACACCUGACAAUAAUCUUCAAGAGGAAUACGCGAUGCAAACGGAAGGAACCAAGUAUCCCGAGUCUGUAAGCCCACCGCUACAAGAGAUGUCUCCAACAGAAGCCGUCUUCAACGCAAAAUCCACUCAAAGACUGAUGACAGUGAAUAAGUUUUUGAAUGACAAAGAUUUCCAAACUCCCAAAGCUCCCGAACUAAACGCGCCUUUAAACGCGAGACGGACUUCGUUGAAAGACGAGGAGAGAGAGAAAACCGACGUAGAAUCAACAGAGAAAGAUCCCAAUAUUUAUAAAUACGUGACUUUUGGGCUAGAAAUCAAAAAAGCCAUGGAGGAAUGUCAGAACAUUAUUAAUUCUUACAACAGCACUUCCAACGGCAAAGAAAAGGAUGAAGAUGCACAACUAUCUUUAGAGCAAAUAUGUGAAGUGAUGAUGAGUCUAGACAAAAACUCCGCAGAAUUUUUAGAAAAAAUAGAUUCAGACGAUAAUUUAGACGUCAACACCGCAAACUCUAAAUUAGCCGAAUUAGUUGAAAACAUGCCUCAAAUAUUAGCAAACAUGCCCGAAAUAGCUUCUAAACUAUCCGAAUUUGCGAACGCUUCCUUCGAAUUACCCGAAUUCGCGUCGAUCAUGAACAGUUUACCCGACGAAGCGCAGCUCACGCCGGAAACUUUGAAGCAAAUUAGGGAGUUGAAACUCAACAAAAAUAGGGAUAAUGUUAAAGUGACUAAGAACACUGCCAAACGUAAGAUUAAAAAUAGGAUUAAGAACAACGUAGACACAGACUUUAUAGGUACAAUGACUUUUGAAUUUGACAGCAAAGACAUUUCGGAUUUGCUCAAAGACGAGAAAGAAUUACAAGCUCUUAUAAAGAGCAAAACUAAUAAUAGGGAAGAAUUUAAGGACCUGCUAUUUUCUAUAUCAGCUCAAGUAGUUAUAAAUAAAGUGUUCGAAUAUUUGAAGCAGAAUAAGAGUCCGGAACUUGCCAAGUGUCUAGAGGAGGAUUCGGAAUUUUUCGACUUGCCCAAGAACUCUUUGAACUCGGAAAUGUAUUCUAAAGCAUCGACGUUAUUCGAUAAUUCGGUGAAAGACGCAUUGAGUAUGGAGGAAUUACGAGAACUAGUGAAAUCUAGAUUUAUCUCUUGGAAACAUUACGUCGCCACUAAAUUUAAAAGCAUACCCAUAGAAUUACUAGAGAACGAAAUCGAGGCUAUGCUCGACAAAUUCUAUAGCUAUAUACAAGACUUAGCCGGCAAACAGUGCGUGAACGACAGUGAUAAAAUACUAGAGAAAAUUGACGAUUUACGAAAGAAUAAAGACUUCAAAGACUCCGACAACGAGAACAAUUGCGCGUCAAAAGAAUCUCUGCAACAGAUCACGAAGUUGCUGAGCACUUCCGCUGGUAACACUUUCGAUUUACUCAUAAUGAAACUAUCAAAAAUGUCGCAAGACAAAAAAUCUUCUGUGAAAAGCCUGAAGUUUAAAUAUAUGGACGUAAUAAGACGGUGUGCUGAAUCUCAGCAGCUCGCCGGUUGGAUUUUGUUAAACCCUGAGAUAGCCUGCAAUGUGAUACUAGAACUGACAGGUCUACCAGUUAGAAAAGCAGAAAAUGUACCGGACUUUGCGACUUUACCGAACGAUAAAAAGAAAGAAUACUUUCUAGAACGCUUAAGAGAAAUGAAUAGAAUGUACAUGGAAUCUUUACCCAAGAAAGCUCUAACUGGUGACGAAUGGCUAGUGAUGCUCUACAGAUUAGAACAAUUAGAGGAGAAACUCAAAGACGCAUUUCAGAAAGUGACAGCGCCGCCUAAAAUUCAAACGCAAUCGAACGCUAGCGAAGCGGAAAUUCUCGCUGGGAAAGGUCUAAGCAAGAUAAUUAGCAAAGCCAACGUUCGCGUCGUAAAAAAACCUGAACCAAAACCCGUCAAAAAGGAAGAGUCUCAAGAAACCAAAGACAUCAAAGAGUCGGAUGAAGUGAAAAAAUGUAAAAACGACGCGCUACUAGCAAAAUGCGAAGCGAUACUGACUUCUAAAGGCGAGAAAUCUUUACUGGACAGUUUUUAUACAAUCAAAUCUUAUAUAACGCAAGGUUUACCUGUGCCGGAGACUUAUAAAAAGCACGUGAUAUCAAUAUGUUCUAGUAUCGACGCUAAACUAUUAGACGACGACAUAGAGGAGACUUUAAAAGUCGCUGAAAAAGAGGAAUUAGACCCUGAGUUUAUCAGCAAUAAGGAUAAAAAUCUAUCAGUCAUCGGAUCUCAGAACCCAGAACUCUUAGCCAAAUACUCCGCUCAAGCUUUGAGGAAUGCUAGGCAGACUUUAAAUACAGUCGCGUUUAGGAAUAUGAUGAGAAAUGGACAAACAAAAUCUGAAUCAGACGCUUGCGAUACUCCGAAAAGUGACUGCAAAUGGACGAACGACUGUAUAUGCAACGUUUGUAAGGAUAACGACUCGAAUUCAGUUUGUUUAGGGGAUAUAGUGAAACAGUGCUAUGAUAUGAAGGGUAAGACUGGCUUGGAGGAAAAAAAGAAGGAGGUUAAGAAACCCGCCCCAAAACCUGUGAAGCAACCGCCCAAGGCCUGCGAGAACACGCCGCAUCAACAGCAUGUGUGUAAAGUGGGUCACGGUGCGAAUGCUACAGGGGGUUGCGCGGGGGAAGGAGGUGCGGAACAACCCUGCAACUGCUGCUAUUGCACAGUGUUCGGACACGCGCCUCCACUGACGACACCAGUGCCUAGGAAUUUCAAUGAAACUAGAGAAAGACUAAGAUCUAUACUAAAUAAGAAGAAACAGCAAUGCAAAACUACAAAUGGCGAACCAGAGGUCCAGGAGAAGAAGCAGGCGGCUGUACAAACGCAGCCUGUUGAAUCUCCCGCCCAGAAACUGCAGCAAUCUUCACCCAAACCACCGGCUCUACCCAAGACGUUACCACCCAACUUGACGCCGCAAGCACAACAGAAACGAGCGAUGGACGCACAACAAAGGCAAUUGGCCGAGAAGAUGGCCAAAAUGGCCGUCAGCGAUAAGCCAGACGACAAACCGAAGCCCAUACAAAGGCCCGUACCGAUCCCAGCUAAUGUACCGCCCGCAUUGAAAGCCGAAGGGAAAGUCAAUGCCAGCGCUAUGGAACAAAUACGACUACAGCAAAUCAAACAGCAACAACAAGCGCAGUACCACCACCAACAACAACAACAACAGUUGCAUCACCAACAACAGCAACAGCUUCCAAAUCAACAACAACAACAGAAACCGGAGCCGAUAUACGAUCUGCCGAUACACAACAAGCCGCAACUGACGCCGCAACAACAACAACAGAUCAGACAGCAGCAACAACAGUUCCAACAGCAACAACAACAGCAGCAACAGCAGCAACAACUCCACCAGCAACAGUUACACCAACAGCAGCAACAACAGCUGCAGCAGCAGCAGCAGAUGCAGCUGCAGCAGCUGCAGGCCAGGGCUAGAGCGGGACAGCCGCAGGGCUCUCUGUCCAGUAGAGAUACUAGUGUCUUCUCCACUUCCGAGGGAGAUGACGAUUCCUGUUGGCGGGGUUCUCGGACGGAGGACCCGCGGGACUUGGACGCGUUAUUGCAGUACAUCGAAGGACCCGCCAGACACGUCGAUAGAGGGAAGAAGAAGGCCAAGAAGCAGAGACAGAAAGCUAAACGGACGGAGACGCGGCUAGUAGAAGCGCGGACGUUCAUAGCGGGCGGUUUGACUCGCGCCAGAGCAGAAUUGAACGCCCUCCGCGCCGCUCAUCAGGCGGCCAGCAAGCGGCUACAGACCGCUAGAGCCGCACACAAACCACAGCCUAAGAAGAUUGGCAAGAAACAGAAAUUGAACCCAGCGCAACAGGCUAAAGUGCAAAUGGUAGCAGAACAAUUAGGAGAGUUGACGUCACUCGUCAACGCUUCAGCUAAGGAAAUGUCUGCUGCUGAGAAGCAGGUAUCGGAAUGGUCGCAACGUUUACAAGAAUGCGAGAGGCAGCUGGCAGAAGCCAGGGCGUUACAAGGAAAGCCGCAUGUCAAAUUACAAAUAGAACAAACUAUCAACCAGCAACAACAAACUGCCGAGUAUAAACAACACCAGUUACAACAACAACAACAGCAAUUACAUCAACAACAAUUGCACCAACAGCAGUUGCAACAACAACAUUUACAACAACAACAACAGUUGCAACAACAGCAUAUGGAGAGGCAAAGGUUGCAACAGAUUGAGAUGCAGAAACAGGGUGCGGCUUUUAUGGAUGCGGGUGGUGGAAUGGUAUGCGUGAGACGCACGGGUCCAUCAGGUGCGGUCACAGUUUCGAUGCCCAGCGUACCCAGGCCCGCGCUAUCAGUUUUAAACGUAUGCGAAGAACCCCAACCGGUGAAACAAACUGACAACCAACGCAAGCAAACCUGGGAACAAGCCCUAGCGCACAUCAAUCAGCUGGCUAAAGGGACUAAAGAAAAGAAGAAGCAGAAAGAAGCGCAGCUACCGAAGCAGCAGGAGGCGAAGCGGAAGCAGCAGCCAGAACCGGAACCCGCCCCUACGCUGUCUAAAAAACAACGGAAAUUGCUCGCAAAACAACAGGCCGAAGAGGAGGAAAGAAAGAGGCUACAGCAAGAAGCGAAACAGAAGAAAUCGGAAGUGAAGAAGCAGGAGCUCGCCAAGCCCGAAGCGAAGAAGGCGGACAAGAAGCAGGAAGCGAAGAAGGCGGAACCGGCCAAGAAGAAGGAGGACAAGAAAGAGAAGAAGCAGGAAAAAGAGAAAAAAGGAAAGGAGAAUAAACAGGAGAAGACUGCCCCAACCCCCACCACCAAACAGAACAAGCAACAGUCUCAACAACAACAACAGCAGAGCAACAAGAAGAAGGAGGCCCAACAACAGAAGCAACAAGUCAUCAACAUCACACCGGACACGACCAUAGAACUGGUUAAUAAGAAGAAGCAAUCUAGCAACGAAGCAGAGAAGCCUGCUUCAUGCAGCAUCAUGGAACAGCUCAGCUGCGGCGUGCAGGUGGCAGAUUUGAGACUUCCACCCGGGAUCACUUUGACACGAGUGCAACCCAAUGAGAAGAAGGAGCCGGUGCCUAUAAAAUCUGUCCCGGUAUGGAAAUGCAGUGGUCUAGCGGCAGCUCCUACGCCAGUGGCUCGACCGCCGCCCCUCAUCAACGCAGACCCGUCACAAAUGAGCUUCACUACCGCGAGACCAGAGCCGCCCAAAACCAUAAUCGUACCUGAAAUGCCACCAGCUCCAGCAACUAAAUCCAAAAAGAACAAGAAAAAAGCUAAAAAAGCAGCCACCGACACCGAAGUAAAGCAGGAGACCAAAAUGGUUACCCUGCGAAACCCAAUGUUCCAUCCGAACUUGCCACCGGUUCAAAUAACCAACACUCCGGCCCAGAAGAAAACAGCGGAACAAAUAAGAAUUCCUGAUCCUAUACCUAUGCCACCGAACGCUUGCCAAGCAACUAUUACCCCGACUUCCAACGGAAUGUACACUAUAAGGAAUCCGUUGAUGUCCAUGAUGCAUCAACAAUCUUUAAUGGGAAUCAGACCGCAGACUCCACAAAUGAAUCCGAUGUAUGCACCACAAUACAAUUUUGUGAAUCCGAACGCUUACAAUCCAGUGCAGACGGUUCCAACUCAAUACGUCAUGGAACAACAACAACAAACAUCUCCCAAAAACCAAGAUGAAUUACAAAGUAGAAUCAUGAAUUUGGCUUCGUUUACUCAAAAGAACGAUGAAGGGUAUUCGUUAUUUAAAACCAACGAAGAUAAUCAGCAAAGGUCUUUUCUUACUCCUGAAUACUAUGUUGAAAAUCAAAGUCCCAAACCAGUGGUGUCACCCAAUCCAAUAGGGACAAGACCAACCAAUGAUUCAAGUCGCUCGUUUGAUUCCAACGAUUCAUCCUUAUUUGCCAAUCCGAUACAAAGGCCUGAACCUAUAGGGACUCCGUUGAAACGUGAAGAGGAAAGGAAUGAAUACACGGGAUUGUACACUCCGUUUGGCCAAGAAGACAGAAAUGUUUUCAGAAAUGCCUUGUUUAAUGAUAAGAAUGAUAUUGGACCAAACAUUGGUCGUAUGGAUGAGAUCGGUGCAAAUCAUUUGGCAAACGGGGACUCGUUGCCUUAUUUUCAGCGGUUGCGAGUUGGCUCGAAGUUAAACAAUGAAGUGACUAUUCAUCAUGUGACCGAAUCCAAAUUCUACAAAGGGCAGGAAGCGGGCGUAAUGACAGACGGAGUAUUUACUCGCGGGGCCUGGCCGGUUCAUGCCCCGCCAUUUCCUAACGCCGCAGUGAACCCCGUAGUGAACAACGUCGCCGUGAAUGUAGGCGUGAACGUAGGCGUAGUAUCGGGACGUAGCUCCCCCACGGGGUCCUCGCUUUGCUCCAGCGGGGGUUCCCCGGAUGACGACAGCGGGUUCGGGGCCGUGGGCACCAGAAAACACCUGGCUCUAUCCAUGUGA